AUGACAAAAGAUGCCAAGGAGAUAUCAACUUUACAAGCUCUUGAGACUGCACUCAAAGACAGGGUUCGAAUGUUAGAAUCAUCAGCAACAGAGUUAAAGCGAACCAGGCAAGAGAUUCGGUCUUCGCAUAUCAGGCUCGGAGCAUAUGAGGAAUCAAUAACAAUCUCACAAGACGAGAUGAGCUACUUGAGAUCUUGCAACCAGAACCUUACUGACGGUCUGCAACGAAUCUCGCGAGAAAAUCAAGAAUUGAAGGCUGAGAACUCUGAAUUGCAAAAACACUACAGAGAACUGUUCACAGCUGCUGAUGAGCUGCAAAGUUGGAUGCAGAUCAUAGACAAGAAACAAUCGAGCGCGACGCUGACAAAGUAUGCAAUGGAGCGAAGUAUCCUCGAAAAAGAUCUCCUGAGAAUGACCCACGAACUGAGAGAUUUAACAGUCUCAGACCUCCGACACGGCGAUUUGAAACUGACCAGAGAAGCUGCUCAUUCGUCUUAUUAUGAGUCCAAUGUGAGCGCAGUUGAAUCGAUUCAGGAAGCAGCAGAAAGAAUCAAGAGCUACGAUAGCCGUCUACAGGAAAAUAGCGAGACGAUAAGAAUGCUGGAAGGCCAAAACAGUCAACUCAACCUUCAUCUAAACGCUACUUUAGAUGAAAUGAACAAUAUUGGAAGAAUGAAUGAAUCAAUCGUCACUGGAAUUGAACAAUCUUUGCAACAGUCGAGACUAUUUUGCAACUGUAAACUGAUCAAAUUUGAAGAAACGAAAUCAAUUCUCUUCUAUCUGAGCUCUCAAUUGAACUCUAUUGCAGCACAGGUGGGAGAGUUUUACCAUCGACUGAGAGAGCUCUUGGAGAUAAACGAGUCUACGAAUCAAGAGAUGGAAGGAAGAAUCAAGAGUGUAGAGCAUGAGCUGUCGACAGAGCGAUCAGAAUGUCAGGCGCUGAAGCUCAAGGUACAGGCGCUUGCAGACGAGCUAUCACAUCUUGCCGACGGCCAGGGAGCUGCUGUCCUUGAGCUCGAGACAACGAUGGUAAACUUGCACAGCUCGGCUCGCAAUACUGCACUCGAAAUGGAAGGAAGAAUCAAGGGUGUAGAGCAUGAGCUGUCGACAGAGCGAUCAGAAUGUCAGGCGCUGAAGCUCAAGGUACAGGCGCUUGAAGACGAGCUAUCACAUCUUGCCGACGGCCAGGGAGCUGCUGUCCUUGAGCUCGAGACAACGAUGGUAAACUUGCACAGCUCGGCUCGCAAUACUGCACUCGAAAUGGAAGGAAGAAUCAAGGGUGUAGAGCAUGAGCUGUCGACAGAGCGAUCAGAAUGUCAGGCGCUGAAGCUCAAGGUACAGGCGCUUGCAGACGAGCUAUCACAUCUUGCCGACGGCCAGGGAGCUGCUGUCCUUGGGCUCGAGACAACGAUGGUAAACUUGCACAGCUCGGCUCGCAAUACUGCACUCGAAAUGGAAGGAAGAAUCAAGGGUGUAGAGCAUGAGCUGUCGACAGAGCGAUCAGAAUGUCAGGCGCUGAAGCUCAAGGUACAGGCGCUUGAAGACGAGCUAUCACAUCUUGCCGACGGCCAGGGAGCUGCUGUCCUUGGGCUCGAGACAACGCUCACACGUGCGUGCCUUUUAGUGAAUGAAGCCCUGGGGAACUUGGCGGAUGACAAGGAAAAUCGUGAAGUGAUGGGGAAGUCCUUCAAGACGCUCAGCGCUGAGAUCCAAGCACGAGAUGACGUCAUUCGGGAGCUCCAAGACAAGAACUCAAGUCUUGACAAUGAAGUAAAACGACUGCGAUCCCUAGCACCCAGCAGGGAAAUCGUUGAGGAUCCGAUUCCAAUGAGCAGGCCCUUGGAGACAGAGCCGAGCAAGAAGAUCGAACAGAUGAUUCUUCAGAUUCACUGGAUGCUACAAAAUGAGGAAGACACUGAUUAUUAUCAAGGAUUCCAGGACAUGGAUACUGUAGAAAUUCUCGGAAAUAUCCUCCAUUGGCUUGAAAUGACUUUUUUGGGAAAGAGACAAGAUAUAAGACUGGGGAGUGAGUUUGGCAGUGAGGUGAAUGUUGCUCUUUGCAAGAUUGAGCUACAGCUCUAUAACAUCGAACAAAGUCUUCACCUAAAUCGAGAUCAACUAGAAUCGAUGUUGCUCUAUUGGACUCAACGACUUCACUUUGCCAAGUCUUCAAGUGACAAGAAGUACAACCUCUCUUGUUUGUUGACUGACUGCUUUGUCAACAUGGCAACCAUUUCGAAAGGAAAUCAUGUUGAUGAGCAGUAUGCUUCUCAGGAAUUUACCACCGCAAGCAAUGUUUUGUCCACAUCCAUUGAUUUACUAGAAUCAUCCUUGCAGAAAAUCGCAGCACACUGGUACAAAGUGAACGAGCCUGCUCCUCGAAGCAAAGCAGUUGCUCUAUCCAUCAGCCACCAUCAGAAUUCGAAUGAACAUUCUCAUGCUGAGGAUAUUGGGUAUGCAAUGAUACAAAAGUACGAAGACUUGAUCCAGUCUUGUGACAAGCGAGUGGCACAGAUAGACAGUGUCCUGGCGCCCUGCCUAGAGAUUCUUGACCGAAAUGACGACAGCUUGAAGACAUUUGAGUUGCAUCUGAAUCAAUGCCAGCAGCUUUGCAAAACCUUAGAUCAAACGAUUACCUCGACCAAUUCAAUUUGCACUUCAGACAUUCUUGAGUUGUCAAGAGGAUACAACAAGCUUGAAGUCUUGGUUUCAGGCUUGACAGAUGUCAUCCCAGAGAUUGAGCGUGAAGUUGCAAGGGAGAGGAAGACAAUAGAUUCCUUUCGUCAGCAGACAGUUUACCUCCCUCAGUUGCAGAAGACCAACGAACGCCUUGAACAGGCAGUAGCUGAUUAUCAGAUCGCCGAGGAACUGCUUGGAAUGAAAAUCUUCACAUUGGAAAAGAAGGCAGCAGAUGAUAACAAGGAGAUAGAAUACCUCAGAAGCAUCAUCUUGGAAAUGAAUCAACGAUUGCGUAUUGUAGAGGAGGAGUCGAAGCAGGCGUUGCUGAACGAAAGGUGCAUCGCAUCAAGGAUUCAACAAGAGAUAUGCGAGGGGCUGAGGGCGAUGUCAAGUGAGAUGAAGUCAAUCUUGAAAGAGAUGUUCUCACAGAAGAGUGCUUGUGGUGACUUGUUCGAGGACUAUCAUGUAUACGUAGAAAAGUUCUUUGAGUCAGCCACCAAAAUACAACUUCUUUCAGCUACUCUGGAGGAAAUGAAAUCGUACUACUCUGCCCUGUCGCAGAAACAUCACGAUUUGCAGGAAAUCGCUUCUCAACGGCAGGCAAUGUGUGACGGUGAGGCGCAAACGCCUUUGGAAUUCUCGGACGAGGAAUUCUUUGAGAGGCUGCAAGACUUUGAUGCCUCUUGUACUCGCGCUCUGACAGAGAUUGAAUGGAGCUUGAAUGAGAUGAAGUUGAAAUCCACUCAUCUUGAAGCUCCCGUUGAGAAUGAUGAGAACGAUGUGUCCUACAGCCUGAUCGAAACAGAGUUGAUCAGCAAAGAGCGGAUAAUAGAGGGCAUGCAUGAGCAAUUGCAAUCUCUGCACGGCAGCUGUAUGGUGCUCGCGAAUGAAAGAGGAAUUCUCGAAGAGAAGUUGAAACUACUGGAGGAUGAGAAUGAAGCGUUGCUUGGAGAAAUCAAAAUCUUGACCCGCGGCCAAGAGUAUUUCAGACAUGAUCUGUCGAUGUCAGCGGAAAAGCUCCAACAACGCGAACAGGAGAUUCAUUUGAUUCAAGACUUGGAACGUGACAUUGCUGUGCUGCAAGACAUGGUAGAGGGAUCAGUGAGCCGGAUCGAUUCAGACGUUGACAUGGCCUUGCGACUAGUACGAGCGAAUGCUCGAGAGCAGAAUGGUUUGAUACAAUCCUGCACAUCCAAACUGGAGAACGUGAAAGACAGAAUGAGGUGGAGCGAGAAGGAGCUACACGCUCAGCACGAGCAAGUUCGAUGCUUCAUCCAUGAAUUGUUGGACGUAAUGGAGACAGUCUCUGACGUUUGCCAUGAAAGCGAAACUUACUUGGUUACACUCGAACAGUUGAAGAACUCCCGCUCGCAGGCAUCGAACUUAGCGGAAACUGUUUCACUGCUUCAAUCAGAUGCGUUAGCAAAAGAAAAAUACAUCAACCAUCUUGAGCAACAGAUCCAGAUCUUGCAUCAAUCUGUGAUUGAUCAGAAGGUGGAUACUGACGUUGCACACCAGCAUUUCGAAUCAAAGCAGACCGAGAUCGAAGUCUUGCGCGAUGAUUGCCGACAGCAACGUGAAACCGUGAUUCAGCUGCGGCUGGAGAAGGAGGCUGCCAUUGCCAUGCUGCUCGAGACGCAUAGCGCGAUCCUCGACUUCGACUUUCCUCUGAACGCCCUUGAGACCUGCAUGCAGACCCUCGCGCCCUCUGCGUCUGACUGCAAACUUAACUCAUGGCCACAGCAAGCAAACGAGAGGUACCGACAGCUCGUCGCUUGUCUUGCCCAGGAGCUCGACCAAACCUCUGACGGCCUGGAGCUUGUCUUCAGACACGUUGAGAAUACUUUGAUGGAGCUUCAGCGUGAACAGUCAAGAUCUUUGACGCUCUCUGAAUGUGUUCGAGAGCUGGAGGCUGCCUUGCAGGAGAAAGGCGAUGUGAUUGAUAUGCAGGCUAAGGAGAUUGACAAGUUGAACAGUAAGAAUGAGAUGAUCCUCAAAGAAAUUGCGGGCUUGAGAUCACAGCUUCAAGACAAUGACAACAAUUACAACCAGAACUUUGCGAAUAUGAAGACCCAGAUUUACAAGUAUGAAGCCAUGCAUUUGGACGACGUUCAAAAGCUGAAUCAUAGUAUUGAAAGGAUCAACAUCCUACAAGAGAAGUUGGCAUUUGUAAGCAGAGAAUCUGAGAGCAAGGCUACGAAUGUCAGGAACAUGGACUCUGUGCUUGCCUCCAAGGCGAGGUCCUUCCUCGAUCAGCUUCAAGUGCUUGAACGAACAUUGAUCAAGGCACAAGGAAGUGUCAAGGUCAUGGUUGACUCUGAGCUGCAGUCGGGCAUCGUGCUGGAGGCUCUCUGCAAGGCAUCAUCGGAUGUCGAUCAUGUCACAACGUCAUGCCAAGAGCGCGUGGAGGAGAUGCUGGUGAUAUGCCUCCAUGACCCGCAAAGCUUCUACGACUCAAUGGAUGAAAUCCUCGUGCGGCUUGACGGCUGCCUGUCCAAGGCAGUUGCUGAGGCUCACGCGAGGAGCUCGACAGACCUCGCACGGGUCAAGACCUUGGAAGCUCUACUGUCAAGCAGCGAGCAGGAGCUGCGAGAUCUGCACCUGCGGCACGAGGAGGCGCGGCUGUUCAUGGCCAACGUGCAGCAAGAUGUCCGGGAGGCGGAGGAGAGCAGAAUCAAGAAGGACCACCUGAUACGGAUCCUCGAGGCCGAGUUGUGCUCUCUCCAGUCCGAGCUUGAGAGCACGUGCAAGGAGCGAGACUCGCUGCUGCAGCUGAAGGAGCAGCUGCAGGGCCAGCUGACUGACAAGGAUAGGGAGACCGAGGCGACAAGUGCAGCGCUGGAAGAAGAGAAGAGGGUUAGAGUCACGCUUGAGGAGUACUGUCGAGCCUUCACUCUCACUGGGGAUCAGCUGACUAGGCUCGAAGGCUCCUCAGCAGCCGUCCAACAAGUAGUGGAGCAACUUCUGCAGGGAGCCUCGAGGGCCCGCGAGCAGCAGGAGGAGCUCGUCAAGGCGCGGCUCCAGCUCUCCUCCAAGACGCAGGUCGUCACCCUCAUGGAGCUCGAGCUUAGUUCUCAGCUCACACGGCUCGACCAACAGCAGGAGGUCAUCAGGCACCUUGAGAGUCAGGACAGGCUGCACAGAGUUCAGCUAGAGAGCAGCUGGCGCGAGGCAAUGGAGGUCGGCAGGAGGCUCGAGGCGGCGGAGGAGAUGCUGGUGCCUCUGCUCAAGUCUCUGCUGGACGGGAUCGCUCGAACAACGUCAUCAUGCUCCGCUCUCCGGCUAAGGGUGAAGGAGCUGGAGUUCGAGUACAAGGAGGAGCAGGUGCUGACCUCCACCCUGCAGAGGCAGGUCGAGGCCCUUCACGACCUUGUCCUUCACCACCAGGGCCUGUCGAUGAUGACAGAAGGAAGCAGCAUCUCCCACAAGACAUGA